AUGUCGAGAUUUUGGAAACCUGGAACAGAGAAACCUCAGCUCGUGGAGGAUGAAGAAGGCGGCGUUCUGUUCUUCUCCGCCUCGCCUUCUUCUUCCGGGUAUGGGCACGCGAACCUCGAGAAGCAGAGACAGAGGCUGCCGGUUUACAAGUAUAGAACCGCCAUUCUUUACUUGGUCGAGACACGCGCCACCACCAUCGUCGUCGGAGAAACUGGAAGUGGGAAAACUACCCAAAUUCCUCAGUAUUUGAAAGAAGCUGGAUGGGCAGAGGGUGGACGAAUGAUAGCAUGUACACAACCAAGGCGUUUGGCUGUGCAGACAGUUGCUUCAAGGGUUUCAGAAGAGAUGGGUGUCAAACUAGGUGAUGAAGUUGGUUACACAAUUCGGUUUGAAGAUGUUACAAAUAACGAACUUACAAGGAUAAAGUUUCUCACUGACGGAGUGUUGCUGAGGGAAAUGAUGGAUGAUCCUCUACUAAGCAAGUACAGUGUGAUCAUGGUGGAUGAGGCUCAUGAAAGGUCUCUUUCAACAGAUAUUUUGUUAGGUCUCUUGAAGAAGAUACAACGGCGCCGACCUGAGCUCCGUCUUGUCAUAUCAUCAGCUACAAUUGAAGCAAAAUCAAUGGCUUCUUUUUUUAAUAGCAGGCGUCAAGGACGAGAUGAGGAAGAAAAUGGACCUAGUAAAGAGCCUGCCAUUCUUUCUGUCGAGGGUAGAGGAUUCAACGUGGAAAAUUUUUAUGUUGAGGAACCUGUUUCAGAUUAUAUCCGAGCUGCGGUUUCAACUGUACUCUCCAUUCAUGAUGAGGAGCCAAUGGGAGAUAUUCUUGUACUUCUUACCGGCCAAGAUGAUAUCGAUGCAGCGAUUCAGAUGCUUACAGAAGAUUCUCACAGUAGAAAGAAAGGAUUGCUUAUAUUGCCUCUGUAUUCUGGACUACCUCGUGCAGAUCAGGAUCUUGUAUUUUCCCCUACUCCUCGUGGGAAGAGAAAGGUAGUAAUAUCCACAAAUAUUGCAGAGACAUCAUUGACAUUGGAG